AUGUCGGACAGUGAAGAAGAAAAAGAAGCCAGUUCUAAUUAUACUAAUUCUUAUUGCAACAUUGCCACUGAUUUUUAUGAGGUAUUCUAUGAAAAGAAAUUUAACAAAAUUAAUAAUAAAAGCAAUGUUAUGAAAACUUUUAUCAGGCCAUUGCAUUAUUUGGCCAUGCAAUUAAAUAUUAAACCAGGAAUGAAAGUUUUGGAUGUUGGUCGUGGUGUUGGUGGACCUGCGCGUGAAAUUUGUCAGUUCACCGGAGCCCAUAUUACUGAUGCAGUAUAUGCCAUUGAAGCAACAUGUCAUGCUCCAAAGUUGGAAGGAGUUUAUGGCCAAGUAUUUCGCGUUUUAAAACCCGGAGGUACCUUUGCUAUUUAUGAAUGGUGUGUGACUGAUAAGUACGAUCCAACUAAUACUGAUCAUAGAAGAAUUGCAUUUUUAAAAUUGAACACCGCAGAUUUAGUCUGUAUAAAGUCUAUUCUGGGUGACACAAAAAUGUCCCGCUCGAAAUUUGAGUCGUUCGUGAUUGGUCCCUUAACAAUGGUGAACGAAGUGAAAGAGAUUGCACAAAAAUCUCGAUAA